GGUUUGUUUGUAUACAUUUGUGUAUUAUUCGUUGUUGCUUUUGCUGUUUUGGAUUCACAGUCAGUCAGCAGUUUUCAGUCACCGAGGCACUAGUUUCUUUACGUAUUCAUCAGUCGUUUUAUAGCAACGUGAGCGUUCACAACAAUAUACCACCAAGUAGAAGAAGCAGAAUAAAAAAAAUAAAAUACAUAAAAAUUCAUCAUCUCCUACGAACGAGUAUUUUGAACGCCUGCAGCGCAAUUUUAUUGCAAUCAAAUAAAAUAAUUGUAAUAGAAAAGUAUAUAAAAUAGACUCUAAUACCUACAAAAAAAAAAAAUAAAAAAUCGAAAAGCAAAGAAUUAAAAAAAUAAAAAAAAUAAUAAAUUAAAGUACGCAAUUAGUAAAUGAGUGAUAUAGUUGCAAUCACAACAAUAACACUUGGAACGGUUCCAAUGGUUUUUAAAACUAAAUUCAACAAACUCACCACCAACACAAGCGACCACAACAUUAAUGAGACAACAGCUAAUAAACAAAUUCAAAUAACAAACAAUGAAAAUUUUAAAUAAAUUCUUAUAAUUAAUAAAGAAAGAAAAAAUUCAAAAGAAAUAAUUUUUUUUAGAAUAUUUUGAUGUUAAAUAGUUCCCCUACUCUUCAGACAUAAUAUAGUGUUAAAGUGUUUGAGUGAGUGGAUUGACCUUAGCGAUAUUAUUAUCAGCCAUCACAAAGAGGAGCAAAAAGACACACAGCAUAAUGUUUAAAUUUAUACUGACAAUGGUUGUUAUAUAACCCAGUUGGCCGAGUAAUUGCAGGCAGCAAGUUUACAACAAACGAGAAAGUUCUAUAGUUGGGGAAGAAAAGCCGGGUCUCUAUAGUUUUGAGCGAGAGCUGCGAAAGUGACAGACAGAUAAAGACAAUUAAGACAACGAUACAAAAAUUUCGUUACGAAAUUGUAUUGAAGCUGCCAUUAUGAUACCAACAUCUGCAACAAGUUCUUCGCCACCCAUUGGCUCUGUAGGCAACAUUGGCAAUCAAUUGAACAAUUCACCACCGAUGCCAGGUAGUGCCAAUGCCAGCAAUGGAGCCGGGGUAACAGGAGGAGUGGGACAAAUGAAUAAUAGCGCUAUUUUAGGUAUAGCAUCGUUGAUAUUGGAGGGUAGAGCCUUAGCUGAGGAUGAAUAUGCCAUACAGACAUCACGUAACGAGCUGAAAACCUCAUCAUUGGCUGGCAAUGCUGCCGAAUGUGGUAGACAAUCUCCCAAGCCCUCGACAUCACGGGCGGCCUUUGGUGAGAACUUUGCUACUAAUGCUACCAGUUCGUUUUCCAUCGAUUUGGCCAAUUAUUUGGGACGAAAGUCAUCAAAUUCUCCUGAAUCAACAACUUCGUCAUUUUUGAGAGACUACUAUAGCAGUAGUAGCGAGAGUGCUUCAUCGUCUGUGGAGAGUAAUCACAGUCGUUGGUCGCAGAAGCUUAGUCAAUUGAGACAAGAAUCUCCCAGUGCUCACCAUCAGGUGUUGGCGGCCAGACAAAAGGUGGCUAUAGAAUGCCCCAGAGGCUCAGAUGCGGAAUAUGUGGCCUUGUCCAUAAAUACCGAUCAUCAUGGUACGAAUGAGGAGAGAAGAGGUGGAGAUUUUGAAAUACUUCGAAGAAUGUCCAUAAAUCAAAUGAAUUUCUAUAACUCUCCCAAUUCUAUGGGAGGUGGAGGAGCUGGAGUUGGUGGUGGUAGUGGUGGUGGUGUUGGUUCUAACGAAAAUUUCAUGUGCUCUUUACAAUCUCUAGCCAGCAAUACAUGUCUACGUGUUGGCAAUCCCCUAUUAGCCACCACAACUUCUCCCCCUAGAUAUUCAAAUAAUAGACAAAUUUCUUCAUCCACACCUAGAUUUUCAACACCGCCCCACCAGCAAUUGGAUUUUUCAACUGGUUCGGCAAGUAGCUCUAGUAGUAGUGGUGCAAUUUCAGCCAAUUCUUGGUAUCCUUCUUCAUCUCCCCAUACGGCUAACAGCAGCAACAGCAGUAGUAGCAACAAUAACUCUCACAAUAAAGAGUAUUUAUUACGUAAAACUAGUACAACAACAGCAACGACACAACGUAUGACUAUACCUGCUGCUCAAACAGCAAACACCAAAACUAUCAACACUUCUACUCAUAUGCCCAGCCAAAAUUUGCAUUCGAAUAUUUUUAGCCGAAAUUCUUUUACACCUUCAGUUACAACAAUCUCAAAUUCUGUAACAGCAACAACGACAUCGCCAGCGGUAAUAUUAUCACCAGCAGCGGCAAGUCGUAAUCAAACACACCCUCAACAGGGUCCACACUGUGAUCAGUUCCUUAAAAAAAUGGGACUAGCCAAAGGUGAUGCCUCAGAGACUGAGGAACACCACUGUGAUAUGUCGUACGUUAAUAUAACGUGCACACGUUGGCGUGCCUAUUGUAUUAAAAUGGAAAAUAUUUUAGCUCGUGGUGAGCCCAUCUGCAUAGAAGUAUAUUUGGGUCCAGUAGGUAAUAAAAUUUUACUGGAACAAUGGAUAAUAACACAAAAAGAAAAACAACCACCGCCUACAAUGACGCUGCCCUCAUUGUGUAGUGCCAUACGCAGUCAAUUGUAUUUUUCGCAAAUCAGUGCCUGGUGUGAUCUUAUUAAGAAAUCGGACAAGACCAUUUAUGAAACCGGUCGCGUUAUCUACACCACACCACCAACAACAAGUGCAGCUGGCGAUUUGGCAACUACAACAAACAAUGCAAUAACAACAGCACCGACAGCAACAUCAACUACCUCAACCAACCAACACCCCACAGCCCUGGCAUCGUUGUGCGCUACAUCGCCAACUACUGUUAGUGGAAAUGUUGGCGGUGUUGGUGGUGGCAGUGGUGGUGGUGGUGUCGGCGGAGGAGUAGGAGUAGGGAGUGGCAAGAGACGACCAUCAUCACCACGUUUGAAUAUUUUCUAUCGCAUUAAACAAUACGAUAGCACUGCUUGCUUUAAUUCAAAACCGAAUGUACAUAAUUUUCCAAAUGUCAAUAUAUCGGAUAAUUGUAGUGUAUCGGUUUGUUUAAAAAGUCUUCCACGUAUUACGGGGGGUAUACCAAAAGUUGGCACAUCAACAACACAACAACAGCAACAAAAUAGCCCAACAAGUGGGUUGACGGUAACAGCAACGGCGCCACCACCCGUAAACUCUGCAAACGCAACGUGUUUAGCUGCUAAAAAUACAAAACCAAAAGCCGCAACACUAGCUGCUGCCUCUGCGAAAGCAACAUCAUCAGCAGCCGCCUCAUCGAAUGCUGCAACCGUAGCUGUAGCAACAGUAGCAGUAGCAGCAGCAACAACAACAAAUGCCAACAAAUCAACAAUUUUAAUAAUGAACUGUGAUAAUAAUUUAAAGGAACAUCAGCAACAACAAAAACAAAAAACAUUAACUGCCUCCUCACGCUGCUCCUUCUCUCAGAAUGGUAAAAAUUCUAAACAGCCUCCAGCCGUUGAAGAUCGCGACCGCCAUACAGAUUCUCAAGACAUAGAGUUUGAGUAUGAUGGGCACAAUAUCGAUUUGAGUGCCGGUGGUGACAAUUGUAAUAUCUCAUGUGGCAGCAGUGGUAUUGGUAUUGGUGGCGGCACCAGUGUUGGUGAUUGUGAUAGUUCCAAUUCCUCAUUUAGUACAAACAAUUGUGGAAAUCUUUCACAUCGCGAAAAGCAACUCCUCAAAUAUCGCAAGCGCAUGUUGAAACGUGAUAAAAAGCAACAGCUGCGUAAAACGAAUGAAACCACAUCUACUUCGACAAAUCAAACAACCAACAAUAUGGAAAACGAAACCGAAAUGGAUAAUAGCAACAACAAAAUGGAACAAGGAGAAGAUGAAGAUGGCGAAGGUGAUGAUAAGGUGGAUGAUGAUGAUGAUGUGGACGACGAUGAUGAUGAUGAUAAGAAUGAUGAUGGCAAUAACAGUGAUACCGCCGAACAUAGUGAAAGCAAAUAUAGCAUUAAUAGUUUAGCAAAAGGCCAAAGACAACAAUUACCAAAUAAUCAUAUAAAUAGCAUUCCUUCUACAAAUCAACAACUACAGCAGUCGCAAUCGCAGCCGCAGCAUCACCAACAACAUGUUAAAAUGAUCUCAACAGGUACUCAAACAAUCACCAACACCUGCACAUCUUGUGGUUCCGAAAAGUCAAUGAUAUGUCUAAAGUGUAACCCAUUAAAAGUCAAUAAUAGUGAUGUUGCAACAACUGUGUCAGAUAACCUGUACAAUUAUGAAGAUAUAAUGGAUGCUGAGUCCUCAUCAGCCAGUAGUUUAAGUAGUAGUGAUAUUAUACAUACACCACGUAAUAAGGCCGAAUUAUUAUUACAAGCCAUACAACGUACACCGAAGUCAAAUAAAAAACAUAAACAUAAAUCCAAAGACUCAAAUCAAAUGGCUGCCAUAAAACAACCAACAACAAUAAACAGCAAUAGUAAUAAUGUUAGAAUUUCUCCUCCCCACAAUAACUCCAACAGUAUGAACAACGGUGGAAAUAGUAGUAGUAGUAAUAGUAAUAGUGUUAUCAAUAAUGGUGUUGUGGGCAAUAACAUUAGCAGUAAUAUUAGCAAUGUAGUUGGUUGCCAAUUGUGCAAACGUCAAAAGACCCAGCAUAAUUUUAAUCAAGCCGCCGGCGAAGAAUUCUCUUCAGACGAUAAUAAUUCUUCCUUGAAUUCAUCAACUGGCAAUGCCGCCACCACUUUGCCUAAAAAUCCAAAUAAAUCCUCAACAGAUGAUGACACUGCCGGUGAUGAAGGUGGCGAUAAUGAGACGGAUGGUGGGAAGAUCAUUUCAUCCGAUUGUGUAGACAAUGUAUCGAUUGUGAUUGAUGGUGGUGAAUAUAAUGUAAAAAAGAUGUCGUCUGAUAAUUUAAAUGAGCAUGAAGUUAUGGAAGAAGAAUAUUUUGAAUCCUCAACAAAACUAACACCCCACAUAGAUCGCUGCUCUUUGAAUACCAAGACCUACUAUGCUCAAAUCUCCAGACCAAGUGCAAAUGGCACGGAUAGAAUAGAGUAUCAGGCACGUUCAUCAUGCUUAACCCCACCCUUGCAAGAGCUAAAAGAAAAUUCGUCUAGCGCCGAAAAAGCCAAUGCAAUGAUGGCACAAUUCAAGACGCCUACACCGAGCGAACAGUAUCAGAAUGCAAUGAAAAGUAAAACUCAACAACAACCACCACUACAACCCCAUAAAUACACACCAAAGCCGAAUAUUUUGCAUAUCGCUUGCAAUUUUAAUAAGAAUGAUGAACAGCAACAGCAAAUAUCAAAAUUGAAUCACUUGAGUAGAAUGGAUGAUAAUAACACACCCACUACCCACAAUCCAUUAUUGUUAAGACGUAGUUUACCUAAAGUAAAUCUAACUCCAAUUUUCUGUAAUCCAAAUUCAAUGAUGGUUGUGUCUUCAUCAUCACCCAUACCCAUAGGUAAUGGUGUGUGCAAUGGCUCUUCGAGUGGUUUGGCAACCAGGUCAGCAGAAAUUAAUAUAACGCAAGCUUCGCCUACCUUUUCAUUCGAGUCGCCCUCAAGUCCGGCACCCACACUAACGGUCCAGAAGUCAAAUUCAGCACCCACCCUACCGAAUUCACCCUCUCUAUCGCCACGUUUUGUCAAAGCAUCGGCCAUUUAUAAAAGAAGAUCUCGUCACUUGUCCGAUCGUUCGGAUCGUUCGUCCUUGGGCUCAGAUGAACAGUUCUCUGAUGAGGACAUCGAUUCCGGCAUGUACAGUCCCUUCGCUACUUCGCCGGUCAAGUUGAGAACUCGUUUGGCGGCCGUAUUUGGUCGUAAACCCUUAUUGGGAAAUUUGGAAGAGUGUCUGUUGCAACGACGUCUGGUGCCCAAAAUCGAAGUAAUGGGUUUUAAAUUACUUUUGGGUGCAUCGGGAGGCUUUUGUCCCACACAGUUAACAAUACCAGCAGCUGCCUAUUUUUAUGAACUUAAGGGAGAAACCCUAAGUACACCUUAUUUGUGUGAAAUACGUUUACCCCGUAAAGGUUAUUCGGUGCCACGUUGUGGCACUGUCCAGGCCACAUUGUUAAAUCCCAUGGGUACGGUCGUACGUAUGUUCGUUAUACCCUACGAUAUGCGUGAUAUGCCCAAUUUACAUCAGACCUUUAUUAGACAACGUAUCUUGGCGGAUACGGGCAUGCAAAGCAAUAACGAUAAUAAUGUACAUGUGAAUGAUGUGGAUAAGCGGCGGUAUAACGAUGUCGACGACGAAAAUGCGCCAAUGACCGAGAAUUCAAAGCAGCCGGAUAAGCAACAGCUUCAGCCGGCGACUACGCCUACGCCGCCACAGCAACCACGUUCACCUCAAUGUAACAACGAAAAUCAUUUGGGACACUUUAUAUCAGCUGAGAAUAUGAAAAGUCUAAGAUAUUCCAUACAUUUGAGAUUCCAAACAUCACGCACCGGCCGCCUAAUGUUGCACACCGAUAUACGUCUAUUGAUAUCCAGACGCACGGAUUGCGAUACAGCUGCGGCACAUGCCAAAGGGGUAUUGGAAGCACCAAAUGAACUUAUUACAAAUACUGUGAUGCCAACAAAUCCCAAAUAUAGUGCACGUCAAGAUCAAACCAGUAGUAAAAUUUAGUAGUUAUUAAAAGCUGCAUGUGUGCCAGUCGAUAUGUUUCAACAGCUACAACAAAAACUACAACAACGCUGGCAAAGAAUAUGGGUUUAAUGAAUGAAUGAGUGAAGGAAUGAAUGAAUGAACACCGAAUGCUAAUACAUAACCUUACUUUACAAUUUGGUUUUCUCAAUAUUGCAGCAGUUUAUUCUAAUUUAAAUGAAAUUUUGUGAAAUUACAAAUAUUUUAAAUGAUUUAUAAUUAUUUCCCCUCCGCACACUUACACACACAACACCACACAAACUGAAGUACGCAUGUUCUAUGUCACCAAAAUGCCUUUUUUAUUAUUAUUUUAUCUUAUUCAAUUGAUCUGUGUAUUUUUAUUUUUUUUAGUUAUUUUUUAGUUAUUACAAAUUGUUGUAUGUAUAAUAUAUAUAUUUUGUUAUGUAUUUUUUUUAUUUACAGAAAAAAAAAUAUGGAAAUUCAAAUGUUUUAUGCAAUUCUUUGAAUUUAAAUUUAAAUUCAAAUUAAAACCAUAAUUUUUAUAAACAUUUUAAAAAAGCACAUUUUAUUAAAUUAAAAAGCUUCAUUAUUUUUAUUUUAUCUAAUGGCAGCUUUUCUUAAGUUCCAUCAAACAUGUUUUUGAAAACAAUAAUAAAUUUUAGUAACGAAUUUAAAGAAAAUAUUAAUAAAAUUUUCUUUGUAUUUAUCUCUUCUAUUUAAAAACAAAAACAAAUUAUUUGUUAUAGUCCCCUGUUUUAAUCUAUCUAUAUUUUUAAUAAUUAUGAACUUACAUACAGUUUGUUAUAUUGUACUACUCUAUGUACUUUAAAUCAAUCAAUCAAUCAAAUCCAAUUUAAUUAAAUCCCCCAAAUCCCCUCAAAUCCUCAAUAAUAACUGUGUAUAGCAAAAUGUUUAUGUAUAUUAUUUAUUUUAUUUACUUUACUUUAUAUUACAAAACUUACGAGUACAUACAUACAUAUUAUUAUAGAUAUUUAGUAAUUUUAAUUCAAUAUAAUCAUUUUAUUAUGUUGUUUUUUUUAUGAGUAUUUUGAAAUAUGUUUUAUUUUAUUAAAUGAAUUCAAUGUAUAACAA